CAUCGCAAUUCGGCUGACGAACUCAACCAAAUUAUCAGUGGAAAGUCAUUCCCGCCGCCAUGCUGGGGCAGCUGGGGCGGGCGGCGUUCCUGGUGGGGCCCUUGGUGGGGCCCUUGGUGGGGCCCGCCAAAUACCUGCUCCGCCAUGGCCCCUGCCUUCAGACCGCCCUCAGACUCCAGCACUGUGCGCGCGCCCUGUUCCCGCCCCUGCACUGCCACAGCGGUGCCGAUAGGAACGACCUGAUGGACCCGCACUGCAAGGUGGGCCUGGUCACGGAGGGCACCACCAACGUGGGCUUCGGCGCGGCGCAAGAGCUGCUGUGCCAGGGGGCCGAGAGCGUGGUCAUCACGGGCACGCACUGCGAGGCGGGCCUGGAGGCGGCGGCCAAGCUGUGCUCGCACCACGGCGCGGACAGGGCGGUGUUCAUGCAGGCCGACACGUCCUGCGCCAACCAGUUCAAAGAUGUGUUCGAAGAGACCGUGCGGCGCUUCGGCGGUGUCGACAUCAUGUUCAACAACCCACGACUGCUGGGCGGCGGCGGCUGGGAGCACGACCUCCACGUCAACCUGGCCAACGUCCUGCGAGGCUGCCUGCUGGCCAUGGAGUACAUGGGCCGGGACCGCGGCCACUGCGGCGGCGUGGUGGUCAACAACGGGGGCGUGGCGGGGCUGCAACCCUUCGGGGCCUCCCCGGCGCACUGCGCGGCGCAGCACGGCGUGGUGGGCGCCACCCGCAGCUUCAAGGACCACUUCGCCAGGACGGGCGUGCGGGUGACCCUUGAAGAGCAACCACUGCAGUUUCGUCUACCUUGGGAAACAUUCCACACUGAGAUCACCCAUUUCCAUGCAGUCAGUACAAUUGCAACCUUAGAGGAAGCCCACGAGGCCUCAACAAUAGGCCAACAAAAUGCAGGCUUCUAA